CAGAAGACAAUAACUUUACUUAGUGCCAAGCCGGGCACCUAUCCGAAGCUCACACCCUCAGCACCUGGGAUACCCGACUGUGCCAGAAUUCGCGCCGACCUCAAAGCGAAACGAGCCAUCAACGCUCGCAAGUUCGCUCCUAAGGAGUGCCGGUCUGGUGACACUUUGGCCAGUUUCAUUGGACCCAGUAGUGAGUCAACGAAGGCUGUCGACCUAAAAAAGCAUUUAGAGGAGAUUGAUCAGCCGGUGGAACGGGACGACUACUGGAGUCAGACCGAUGAGUUUAUGGCUCGACCACCCACACCGGCUUUCGUGCCUGCUACGACAGGAGCAGAUAUCGCCACCCAAGUUGAAGCUUGGGAGCUCUUUGACUUCAAUCUGGAAGUGACACCUGUGCUGGAAGUUCUCGUUGGCAAGACCGUGGAACAGGCAUUGCUUGAAGUAACUGAGGAGGAGGAGCUUCAGGAACUUCGAAAGCAACAGCAUAUCCAGAUGGAGAUACGUGACGCCGACCUUGCAGAAGUCGAGCGACUUGAAAAGCGCAAUCAGCGAUAUAGGGAAGAGCAGGAGAGACGCAAAGCUCAGGGCAUCCAGGCGGCAUGGAUGCGAAAACGAACUGCAGACAAGGUUGCGGCUCGAUGUUUCACCAAGGCCUACCUGGAACCCCUCCUUCCCAAUGUUUUUGAGCAGCUCACACAACGCGGCUACUUCUACGACGAUGUAGAGUAUGAAAUUGAAGUACAAUUCCUAGAGCCAAUGGUGGAACGCGUUUUGUGGCUCAAUCAACUCGAAAAACGUGCGCGCAUUCUCGUUGAUGGCGUUAUACGCGAGGCAAGUGGUCGUUUACCCCUCCUCGACCCCACACUCACUCACUUUCUUUGUCGUACCGAUUUGAAGCUUGGUGACUUUGAAUUCGCAGUUCAAAUGCAUCCAAUUGUUGAUAGAGAGGCGGUCACCCAACAGCACACCGAAUGGCGUGAGUUGGGCAGGAAACUGAUGACAGAGGCGCUGACGGACCUCUGCUACCCCAUCAUUGAGCUGCGCGUAGCACCGUGGAUGAUAGAUGAGACAAUCGACUUUCUUGUUCAAUGCAUUUCUGUGACCGUCAGGGCAUGUGAGCUGAUCGUUGAGAAGACAGCGCGAGAAGUCUUUGAAGUGGUGCUUGACGAAAUAGCCAGUUGGAUGGAGAAUCAGGUGUCUUCCACACCUAGAAAGAAAAUGGAUGACUCCGAAACGUUUGACCAAAAGCCGAAGAUCUUUCUGAUGGGUUUGAAGGGGAGCGGUAAAUCCUCUAUUCGAAAAGUGGUCUUUCAUAAACUUGCUCCUGCUGAAACCCUCUAUUUGGAAAGCACAAACAAAAUUGAAAAAAAUGAUAUUUCUGACUGCUCCUUCAUCAAAUUUCAAAUUUGGGACUUUCCGGGUCACAUUGAUUUCUGCGAUUCCAAUUUCCUCUCAGAUACGCUCUUCUCUGAUUCUGGCGCCAUCGUUUUCGUUAUCGAUGCACAAGAUGACUACAUGUCGGCGCUGCAUCGUCUAACUUCAACGGUUGAAUAUGCCUACAAGAAGAACCCAAAAAUAAAGUACGAGGUCUUCAUCCACAAAGUUGACUGUCUUUUGGAUGACCAAAAAAUUGAAAUCCAACGAGAUAUUACACAACGUGUCAAUAACAUCGUUGAAGACAUCGUAGCUUCGCACAAUCCGGUCAAUUAUAACUCAUCCAACGUUACAAUUGGAUUCAACUCGGUUGUUAUCAAGAUGUUUGUCAACUUUUUCCUCAGUUUUGUGAGGAGAAAGUAUAAGAAAGUAAUUACAUCUGUAUGGAAUGUUUGCCUGUUUAGAUUCCACCUAACCACCAUCUACGAUCAUUCCGUCUUCGAGGCGUUCAGCAAGGUAGUUCAGAAACUCAUUCCCUAUUUGGAUGCCUUCGAGGAUCUGUUGAACAUUUUCAUAUCGAGUUCCGUGCUGGACAAAGCGUUCCUCUUUGAUGUGGCUACAAAAAUUUAUCUCGCAACAGACUCAACGUUGGUAGACAUUCAGACGUACGAGCUGUGCUGCGACAUGAUAGACGUAGUGACCAACAUUUCCUCCAUCUACACUCCCGCUUCGGAACUCAGCGAUCCACCCUUCUCGGAGCAAACUUCGUCGACUAUAGUGUUGAAUAAUGCGACGGUCAUCUACCUCCGCGGAAUCAAUCGGUACAUGGCGUUGGUGUGUAUCCUGCGCGAGGAGUCUCUGGAAAAGAUAGGCAUCAUCGAAUACAACUACCAAGUCGUGAAGGAGGGCAUUCAGCGUAUGCUGAGUGUGAAUCAGCAGGCAAUCAAAUCUCAGCGUUCCUCAAUUUGCCUCACUGACCCCGGCAACGAAAUGGCCGUGGAGAAUGGUGACAAUGCGGCCAGCACCAACAGCAACCUCGUCGAUGACCCCGUAGUGUGA